AUGGAGUACACCGCUGUCACGAUGCCCGCUCAAGGUAUCCUAUAUGGGGAGACGGAUGUGUACACAAAGAGACGAACACACAUGAUGAAUGUCUGCCAGUCAUUAUCUCCGAUGCAAGUCGCAUAUCCACCGAUCAACCCAGUAAUUGCAAUCGACGCAAAACACAAUUUUCUGUUUUGUUUAAUUGCCAAAUGCGCGUCUGCUAGUUGGAAACAAAUUUUCCGUCAACUCGGCAAUGGUUCCCCGCAAAUGAAAAAUAUCACGUUGCUGAAAUUCCAUGAAAUGUCCAGAAAUAUAAACCACGUGUUUACAGAUUACGUCAAAGUGGUGAUGGUGAGGCACCCGUUUGAACGAUUUUUGUCUGCAUAUUUGAACAUAGUUCUAGCAAAGCUUUCCAUCAAAAGAAAACUUCAGAACCCUUCUGCAAUGCAUCGUCAUAUAACAAAUAUGAGAACGAUGUUUUCAUUGAGUGAAUCGCAAGCGGUGACGUUCUCGCAUUUUGUUGAUUAUGUUUUGAAUACAGGUGCAUUUAACCGUCAUUGGGCGCCUUAUCACACACUCUGCAGUCCUUGUAAAAUACACUAUGACGUCAUUGGCAAAAUGGAGACCAUCUCUUCGGAUGUCGAUUUCAUAUUACGAAGUGUUGGUAUGAAUGGCUCGGUGUUUCCAACUGCACUUUCCCGACACAGGACUCAAAGCUCCAGGCGUGCUAAGCUCAGAAAAUACUACAACAGACUAUCAAAAGACCAGAUAAAUGGUUUAUACGAAAAGUAUAGCGUUGAUUUCCAUUUGUUUGGAUAUGAAUAUCCGUCUUGGUAUGGCAUAUAA